CGAGGAGGUGUGUCCCAACCCGCCGUCCGUAGCCGUGGGGAGGGGGGAGGAAAUCUUCCCGCCAAAACCUGAGGCAAAACUGCCUCAGGGAGGAAGGAGGGGGGGGAGGGAAAGGCAGUGCUGAAUAAAGAGUCGGGCCUGGCCGAGGGGAGUAUCGAAAGCCUGCGGUGGGCGGGGACUACCCUCGCUGUUAACCAAUCGGCCCCCAGCGUGGCGAGCGGCCGCCGUGGGAUUGGAUCGUUUUCGGCGGAGAGGCGGGGCUGAGCCUUGAAGAAGGCGUUGCCCCGCCUUUCGGGGGGCGGAGCCCAUUUCAACACCUCCCCGAGUGUGGGAAAAAAAUACCCGGCACUAGAGGGCGCCAUGAAGCUGGUGCGCAUGCUCUGUCGUCACAAGACCCUGCUGGGGGGGCUGUCCCUCUUCGGGAUGGUCCUGCUCUACCUGGCCAGGUGCACCUCGGAGGGCCUCAAGUCCUCCCCGGGGUGGGGGAUGCCCCACCAGCAGCAGCAGCCCCCCCUUCCCGAGGAGGGGGCCCUGGGCGGCCCUCACCCCCCUGCGGCGGCCCCUCCGCCCCCUCCGGAGGAAGCCACCUUUCUGGCGGUGCUGGUGGUCAGCGGGCCGAAGUACACUGAGCGGCGGAGCAUCAUCCGAAGCACCUGGCUCUCGAUGGCCGGACGGGUGCCCCGCAGUGACCUGUGGUGCCGCUUCGUGGUGGGCACCGGCGGCCUGACCGGCGAGGAGCUGCACAGCCUGGAACUCGAGCAGAGCCGCCACCACGAUCUCCUCCUCCUCCCCGACCUGCGGGAUUCCUACGAGAACUUGACUGCCAAAGUGUUGGCCAUGUACGUCUGGCUGGACCAGCACCUGGACUUCCGCUUCGUCCUGAAGGCUGACGACGACACCUUUGUCCGCCUGGAUGUCCUGGCGGAAGAGCUGCGGUCCAAGGAGCCGCGCCGCCUCUACUGGGGCUUCUUCUCGGGCCGCGGCCGCGUGAAGUCGGGCGGCAAGUGGAAAGAGAACGCCUGGCUGCUGUGCGACUACUACCUUCCUUAUGCCCUGGGCGGGGGCUAUGUCAUCUCAUCCGACCUGGUGCACUACCUGCGCCUGAGCCAAGACUAUCUCAACCUCUGGCAAAGCGAGGACGUCUCCUUGGGUGCCUGGCUGGCUCCCGUGGACGUCAAGAGGAUUCACGACCCUCGCUUUGACACCGAGUACAAGUCGCGCGGUUGCAACAAUAAGUAUGUGGUGACGCACAAGCAGAGCCUGGAGGACAUGCUGGAGAAGCAUCAGACUCUGGCCAAGGAGGGGAAGCUUUGCAAGGAGGAGGUGAAACUCCGACUCUCGUACGUGUAUGACUGGAACGUGCCUCCUUCCCAGUGCUGCCAGAGAAAGAUGGUAUACCCUGAAACCCUUGGACUAGAAGGGAGGAAGGGAAGCCGAACGGGGAGGGCGACUGCAAGGGACGGACAGGUGUCACACUCAAAUCUCUUCCCUGUGCUGAACUCUCACCCAGUAUGCCUAAUCGUACUUCGUCGUUUUUAAAAAAAACUUUCAGAGUAACCCUAUUUUCAUUCGACUUAACAAAAAGUUACGGAAGAACACGGAGCCUUCUGCGUUCCCCCCCCCCCAAAACCUUAGGACCAUAAAUUAUACGUCACUCUGUGGGACGUGAAACCUUUAAAAAACAGAGUUCCAAAACAACUGUGUGAAGUGACACAGCCAUUCUCCAUGACAAUAUGUGUACAUUUUGGGCAAAUGUCGGUACUGUCGACCGUUUCUCCCCUACUUCAAAAGGAUGUAGAUUUUGCUUUUUCCCCCCACGGCUGUUGAUGCGUUAAAAGUGUCCCCGUAUCUGCAGAGCAAUUCAGCCAUGAACCCCAAUGGAAUUACAAAUUAAGGUGCUGCAAUCAUGCCAUUCUUGAAUUGAAGUAGUGACUUCUGUCGGCGAGUCACGCGUUUGACUUGAGGCUUCUAAUUUCACUUGGAUAAUUUCUUGAGUGUCCGUUAUUACAACAUCUUCCACUUCCUGAUUGCUACAGUUUGCUCUUUGAAUCGUCUUUCCCUUUUACUCAAAAGGGGGGGAUGUUUUAAUCUGUAAUGACAACAUUUUAGAGUGAUCCACUUGAUCGGACGCUGGAUCCAUCAUGAUGCACUAAGAAUGGCCUAUUGGAUGGCUACGGAAGAUCAGCUAUUUUUAAGAGGUUAACUUCUUAACUGCUGAAGACGACAGCUUCGUCUUGACUGAAGAUCCACGCUGCUUCGGCCCUGAGAAAAUUUAGAUGUUUUUAAAAUUAUGGCCGUUAACCUUUUUUUCAAAUGCACUGUUGAUGAUUAAAACAGGAUAUUCUUAGGGAGUUGUAUUUGAGCUAUAACUCUAGAUUUGUGAUGAACUGGGAGAUGACUAAAUUGGAUGCCUUCCUUGACCAAUUUCUUUAUUUUAAGAGAACUAUUUGAGAGGUUGCAAAUAACAAUAGUCUCAUUUGCAGGCCCUGGCUGUCCGCGACAGGCCUAGUUUUGACAAGCAGGGUUUAAUUCACCCAGAAUUUAUGUGCUGUCACUGCCUUUCUGGGGAUGAGAGUAUAUAUAGCCUUCAGUCAAAAAUCACCUCAACAACCUUAUUCUGACCAUGAUGUCCAAGGUGUUAAGUGUUCUGGACCAAAGGAUAUUUGGAAAGGUCUUACAGAUGGAUGGAAUAUUUUCUUUUUAAAGAUGAAUUGUGCUCUGUUGGAUGGAGGGACUCAUAAUUUUAUAUUAUGGGGGGGAGGUCUGUUAACCAUGUUCGUUUUUCUUGGCGUCUGCAAUAAUCCUGGCUCUAAAUAUUUACAUUUUUUCCAUAGAUAUU